AUGACUUCAGAACAAGCAAAUUGCACUAUCAAAACCUAUGGAACACGAAACGACACCGAAAACAUCUCGAAUCAACACCGAAUUCUACCAAUCCUGAGUAUGCGUAUCUGCAAGAUCGCGGAUACUAGCACCAAUCGUGGCGGAGAGCCCAUCACCUCCUUGGCUAAUACGCCGAGUCGCCGCCGAAGCAAUAUCGUCAUAAAAGGAUCUGAUCGCACCCAUCCAAAGACCAUAACCAUUAUCAACUGCCUCAAGACGGCAAAGGAAAUUGGUAUUCUCUUGUUGACCAAGGGCGAUAUUGAUCUCUUUUCGUUUGAAAAUCGCUUUUGA